AUGGUCGUCAAAAUAAGGCUCGCCCGGUUUGGGCGGACAAACUCUCCAUUCUACAACAUUGUGGUCGCACAUGCAAGGCAAGACAGCCCGGAUCCACACCCCAUCCACCCGUCGCAACCACGAGAGAGCCCAGAUGCUGACUUACUACUACCCUUCUCCAGGACGGCGCGGAACUCGAAACCACUCGAGGUCAUAGGCACAUACGACCCCAUACCCAAGAAGGACUCGUAUGACGAGUCGGGCAAGCUUCACAAGGACAUCAGGCUCGACGUCGACAGGGCAAAGUACUGGGUGGGCGUUGGUGCACAGCCGACGGACACAGUGUGGCGUUUUCUCUCCAUGCUCGGAAUACUCGAGCCCAAGUACCGGCCGAAGGCGAAGAACGCUCCACCACCGCUGCAGACGGACAGCACCACCACGACUAGCAUCUGA